AAGUAAACGAGAGCCUUGUACGGAAUAUUGAGACCUGCGCCUGUCACCGGAGACAUUAAAGUACUGGAAACAUGCCUGAGCUUCCUGUCCUGUACACCCAACCAGGAGCAGAAUCCCAGCGAGGGACAGAUUUCUGGCUCUACCGGUAUCUGCGGAGAAUCAGCGGAUUUCUAGCACAUGUAUUGGCGCUCGGGUUCACUGUCUUUCUACUGAUACUUGCCCGGCCUGGGACGAGUCUUUUCUCGUGGCAUCCUGUUUUCAUGGCUGUGGCUUUCUGCCUGUGUAUGACAGAAGCUGUGCUCCUAUUAUCCCCUGAGACAUCACCAAUUUGCCCGCUCUCUCGAAAAUGCAAGACCCGCAUGCAUUGGCUGGCACAGUUGUGUGUUGUUGUAUUGGCAAGUAUUGGCCUGGUGUUCAUAGUAUGCAGCAAGAACCGCAGUGAGCUACCACACCUAACUUCCUGGCACAGCAUUUUUGGAUUGGUGACACUGGGGUCAACAUGCUGCCAGGCUGUAUGUGGGCUGGCCUUGCUUUGCCCCCGGAUGGUACGAGUUACUUCAGUUUCCCGCCUUAAGCUAUACCAUGCUACCUGUGGACUCCUUGUGUAUCUGCUUGCCACGGCGACUGUGCUCCUGGGCUUAUGUUCAGACUGGUUUCAAGCACAUAUUAAAGGACCAGUAUGGUACGUCUGCCUCUUCAUACCUCUGUAUCCUGCACUAGUCAUCAUGAACCAAGUACUCGACAUCUAUCUUCCUAAAAAGAAGGGACAGAUGUAACUCGUACCCCAGCUUCUACAAUUAUGUUACUAAAUAUUGGGGUAAUACGAAAAGGUUUAGGGCACUUUCAGGCGAGCAGCAAGGGAACUCCUCUCUUUCCACUAUAUUCUCUUGUCCUCUGCAUGAGUCAUGCGUGCAGAUUUGUUCAGCCUGGCACUCUCUCCAGCACUGCUGAAUUUCAGCAAGAAACUAUUACAGAUGAAAAGCUUGAAGCAUUUCGAACAAAAAAGGGAAGUUCUAAUAAUUUCUGGUACUCUCCCAACCUAUCCUAUUGCAAACUUAUGUCUGCAUUAUCCCUACUGUGUGUGCAGUGUCUUGCAUGUUGUUUUUGUUUGUGCAAGUUGUGUGUCACUUUGUGUCUGUCAUUCCUGUGUGUUUAAUUUCCUUGUGUGUCUGGAUCCGGCCAGAAUACCUCCAGGCAGUUAUCAUGGGGGGGUUGCUGUUCUAUGGCACUUUAGAAACAAGAUUUGUACUGGCACUUUAUAAAUAAAUGUACUGCAGACUGUUACACAACUAUUGCCAGCUGAUCAUACCCCCAUUCGGCCUGGAAAUCUUUUUUAGAUAUUUGUUACUAGGGCAUUUCUUUCUCAGGGAAAACAUCUUUCAUAUCUGUAUCUGUGGUUAAAAAAAAAAGAAAAAAGAUCAAAGUGACAUUUUGCAGGUAUUUUCAUUUUAUGAAAGACUUGCCACAGAAGCACUGAACUUGUUUAUGCUACCUUCAUUGAUUUAGGUACCCAGAAAUUGAAUUAAUGAACUUUAUUUAUGGAACAAUUUCUACAAGCCUGUGUAUAAAAAGCACUUUUAUUAUUGAAGAACAAAUAUCUUUUAUUCCCCCCUCCUUUUUUCUUUGAUUUUAGAUGAUUUUAUGGAAUACUACUGACCAAAUGCUCAAUUUAUCUGUAAAUGUUCUGAUGUAUGUUAUCAACAAUAUAGCACUAACGAUGGAGUUUACUGUAGGAUUGUAAAUAAUACAAAUAAGAUAUGUGUGUAUUACAUUGUUACAUGGUACAGGUGGGACUGGGAGGAUAAUGUCCCUGUUGUGAGAUAGCACAAAUAUAUGUGAUUAUGCUAUGUAUAGGGUGCAGGUGUAUACUGUCCUGUAUUGAAGUGUUUCUCAACCGCAAGUACCCCCAACAGCCCAUUAUAGCUGAACCAGUGCACAGGUGAUUUAAGCAGCUGAUCAGUAAUACCAUGGUUACCAACUUGCUCUCAACCAUCAGCUGAUUAUUUCACCUGUGCACUGGUUCAGCUAUAAUGAAAACCUGGUCUGUUAGCGGUACUUGAGGACCGUGGUUGAGAAACAAUGCUGUAUAGUAUCACAUUGUGAUAUUAUGAUGUACUGUUCACACCUGCAGUCAAUUUUCAUUUGACGGAUGAAUAUCCUGAAGCACAUAAUGUUAUCUGUAUGAAGUAUGUGUGUGUAGAUGAUGCAAAAUCUGUAAAGUGUUUGUAAAUGUGCUGUUUAUUACAUAACUUUAUUUGAAUGAAUUAAUAUAGUAGGUAUGGUAUUUUGUUUCAUUUAAAAGAUGCAUUCCAGUUUAAAAAGCAAUACAAAAAAACUAAAUAAACCUACUUAAGUUUUUAGUCUUA